CCCAAACCUGCCCGGAACAUCAUUGAUCCCGCACCUGCAGGACCCCUUAGCAGCGGCGUGGCAUCAGCAGCUCUCCCGAGCACCCUCAAUCAAGACAUUUCCAGUUAACCUCACCGUCCGCCCCGGCGAACAGAUUCCCUAACAUCUCCAUUGACAAUGGGGGCUUCCGGAUUCAACAUGGGGACUAUCCUCGGUUUCUUCCUUCUCGUCGUCCAGCUUGCCUCUGCGCUCAAGUUUGAUUUGCCCGCGAUCUCCGGCCACAACGUCAAGAACGAACGAUGCAUUCGCAAUUUCGUCUUCAAAGACCAGCUCGUCGUGGUCACUGCUAUUGUGGAUGGUCAGAAGGGUGAUGGGCAGUCUGUGAACAUGCACAUCAAGGAUUCGCUCGGCAACGACCACGGUCGUCCUAAGGAUAUUGUGGGAGAGACUCGACAGGCGUUUACUUCGCCCUCGGACACCGCUUUCGAUGUGUGCUUUGAGAACCUGCUUGUUUCUCGUAACGCCGUCUCGAACCCCCACCGUAGCAUCGAACUCGACAUUGACAUUGGCGCUGAUGCCCGUGACUGGUCUAGCAUUCAAGUCCAGGAGAAGCUCAAGCCCGUCGAGGCGGACCUCCGUCGCAUUGAAGAGAUGGUCGGGGAGAUUGUUAACGAAAUGGAAUACCUCCGCGCCCGUGAGCAGAGACUCCGCGAUACCAACGAGAGCACCAACGAGCGUGUCAAGUGGUUUGCGUUCGGUACUAUGGGCAUGUUGGUUGGUUUGGGUGCCUGGCAGGUGGUGUACCUGCGGGCUUACUUCCGAUCCAAGCACCUUAUCUAGAUUGUUUGAUUAUUUCAGGUUUCUCUUGCCCAGUGUGGAACGGUUCAAUGAUUGUUUUAAAACUUGUUUUUAUGGAAAAGACGGAAUUUUUCCAAUUACACCGGCUGAGUGUCUUUGAGCUUAUGUAGUCUCGAUAUCUUUUCACGGCAUAUUGUUUAAAUAUUUAUGACUCCUAUGAUACAAUUUACUUGUCUGGUCAAUUCUACUUCGGGGUUCAAUCCAUAGUAAUUUCCCAAACUGAUGCCCAAUUCAUUCCAAGUGUAUCAGUAAGAGUGAAACCUUCCUGAUCUCAUCUCCAACAUAUCUCUAUUCAAUUACAACCACCAUGUCCCUCCCAAAACAGUACAAGAAAAGCUUCAUACCCCUCGAGUCAGACCGGACAUAUUCAACACCUUAAUGCAUGAACUUGGAGUCUCCCCUCGCCUCCAAUUCAUCGACGUCUACUCGAUCCAUGACCGUCCCGUCGAGGCUCCGAUAAAAGCCUUGAUUCUGAAUAU